GAUUCAAACAGUCACAAUUUUUGCGGCAGAAGAUGAUCUCCCAAAAAAUGACAAAGUUUAUGUCUAUCAUAUUAUUACUGCUACAAGCUUUCCUUGGUAGUAAAAUUGUCUAUGGAACACGUCAGCAGUUACGCAACAAUUUAAACGGAGAAGUACUACGAGUCGUCACUGGUCACUUUCCUCCCGUAAUAUCCGUUCUACGUAACUCAUCCGGCCACAUCAUUGGGUAUGGAGAUAAACUAUAUCAUCACUUACUUUAUCUAUCGGAGAAAUUAAAUUUUACUUUCGUGAUAUUCCCAGCCGCUCAAAACACCAACGGAAUCAAGCAAAAUGGAACUUGGAACGGCGUCAUCGGAUCUCUCACACGAGACGAAGCUGAUUUGGGUUUAGUGCCAGUAGCUAUUUCUCUGGAAAGAUACGAAGCUAUCGACUUCUCCGGAAGAGUAGGAGGAGACUAUACGGGCAUUUUAGUUAAAUAUCCUCACGGAAGUGUUUCGUUCACUAGCGCCUUUGACGUUUUCUCUACCGGUAUAUGGAUCGGGUGGGUAGUGUCCGCCGUUGUGGUUGUCGCAAUUUCAACCUUUUUGACCUACGUGACAAGACGUUCCCGUCUUAGCGGGGACGAAAUGAGCAAAACAAGUCCUGGAACUUUUGCUUGGUAUCUGUAUAGCGUCAUGGUUUCCCAGGGGAGCCAUUUUCCGUCUCACCAACCAUCUCAGAAACUUCUCGCUGCGACAUGGUGUUUUGUAUCUUUCGUCUUCGUCAACAUUUACAACACCACUUUGACAUCUUACAUGUCGGUCACCUAUCAAAAACCUGAAAUUAAUUCAUUUUAUGAUUUGGCAGCUGCUACACCAUACAAGGCAACUAUAUUAACAGGGUCGAUUCAAGAAAUUGAUUUGAUGGAAUCAAAUAACUGGGCUAUGAAAAUUGUGGCCGACAGAAUUGAAAAGUGCUCAUCAGACUGCAAGAAAUUCAGCGUGCAGGAAUUGGUUUCACCACUUCUAGACAACAAGGACUAUGUUUCAAUAUUGCCAGUUAGAAUUGGAUCAUCGUUGAUGCAAAGAUACAACUCUGAGAGAGUAAAAUGCCGUCUAGCCCUUGCCUAUGAGAAAACGUCUUGGUUGCCCAUGUUCUUUGCAGUCCAAAAAAAUAGCCCUUACAACGAGGAAAUCAAUCGGGAGUCAUUAUGGUUCAGCGAUACUGGACUUAGCGAGUACGGCAAAUCGAAAAACAGACAGUGUCAAUUAAAGUACAACAGCAAAGGGAUUUCGACAAAGAGAAUUGGCAACCGAAUUAAGUUAGAGCAGUUUCAUCUACCAUUCCUUAUUCUCUUUGGCGGCUACAUACUUGCUUUCAUGCAAUUUUUCCGUGAAAAGUUUAUCUGUCCCCAUCGCCCUUUAGCAAUUAAAAAUUUUGUUUACGUUGUUAGCACGAUAUAA